CUCGGCAGCGAGAUGGAGAUGGAGCAUUUCGACGAGCGGGACAAAGGUCAGAGGCACGGCCGCUCCAGCGCGAGGAUGAACGGCGUGCCGAGUCCCACGCACAGCGCCCACUGCAGCCUGUAUCGGACCCGGACGCUGAAGACUCUGAGCGCGGAGAAGAGAGCCAAGAAGGUCCGCUUCUACCGCAACGGGGACCGGUACUUCAACGGGAUAGUAUACGCCAUCUCCACAGACAGGUUCCGGACCUUUGACGCCCUGCUGGCGGACCUGACCCGCUCCCUGUCCGACAACGUCAAUCUGCCCCAGGGCGUCCGGACCAUCUACACCCUGGAUGGCUCCAAGAAGAUCACCAGUAUUGAGCAGCUGGUAGAAGGCGACAGCUACGUGUGCAGCUCCAUUGAAGCUUACAAAAAGUUGGAUUACACAAAAAACGUGAACCCCAACUGGUCGGUGAACGUCAAGGCCUCAGCGGCGUCCUCCCGCGGCCCCCCUUCCCUGGGCAGCGCCAAGGCCAGCGCUCCCGAGAGCCGCGAAACCAAGGACUUCAUACGUCCGAAGCUUGUGACAGUGGUGCGGAGCGGCGUGAAGCCCCGCAAAGCUGUGAGGAUCCUGCUGAACAAGAAAACGGCCCAUUCCUACGAACAGGUCCUGACCGACAUCACAGAUGCCAUCAAGCUUGACUCCGGAGUGGUGAAGAAGAUCUACACGCUGGAGGGCAAACUGGUGUCGUGUCUGCAAGACUUCUUUGGUGAUGAGGACAUUUUUGUUGCGUGUGGACCGGAGAAGUUCCGCUACCAAGACGACUUGAUGCUGGAUGAGAGUGAGUGUCGUAUGAUGAAAUCUGUGACCUAUGGGAAGAUGUCUGGCUCUCUGAGCCGAGGCUCCCCCAGGACCGUCAUCCAAUCACGACGCAGCAAGUCCCCUGCAUCCGUUGGCAGUUUGAACGGGACGCCGGCCAGUCAGCUGUCCACUCCUCAUUCGGGAAAAUCUCCCAGCCCCUCCCCGACCAGCCCGGGCAGCCUCAGCCAACGUCGGGGGUCCCAGGGCUCUUCCACCUCUCUGUCUUCCGCUAAAGUUUCCAGCUCGGUGGAAGAUGGGGAUGGACUUGUUACCGAAGCUGAGGUUCUAGUCGAUGAGGUUCCAGCUGUGCCGUCCUACAUAUCAGACCGCUACAAGGUGGGACGCAUGUUGGGCGACGGGAACUUCGCAGUGGUCCGAGAGUGUGUGGAGCACUCCACAGGACGGGAGUACGCUCUGAAGAUCAUCAACAAGGGCAAAUGCAGAGGCAAGGAGCACAUGAUCCAGAACGAGGUGGCCAUCCUCCGUAGGGUCAAACAUCCAAAUAUUGUCCUGCUCAUAGAGGAAGUGGACACUUACAAUGAACUCUACCUGGUCAUGGAGCUGGUCAAGGGGGGAGAUCUGUUCGAUGCCAUCACCUCUGCCAACAGAUACACAGAGAGAGACGCCAGUGGCAUGCUCUACAAUCUGGCCAACGCCAUCAAAUACCUCCACAGCCUCAACAUUGUGCACAGAGACAUCAAGCCCGAGAACCUGCUGGUGUAUGAGCAUGCAGACGGAAGCAAAAGCCUGAAACUGGGGGACUUUGGUUUGGCGACUGUGGUGGACGGACCGCUCUACACUGUCUGCGGGACCCCGACAUAUGUAGCACCUGAAAUCAUCGCAGAAACAGGGUAUGGCCUUAAGGUGGACAUCUGGGCAGCUGGAGUCAUCACCUAUAUCCUACUGUGUGGUUUCCCACCCUUUCGAGGGAGCAGUGACGAUCAAGAAGUGCUUUUUGAUCAAAUACUAAUGGGACAACUAGAAUUCCCUCUACCGUACUGGGACAAUGUGUCGGAGACAGCCAAGGAGCUGAUCCGAUCUAUGCUGGAGGUGGAGGUGGAUCAGAGAUACUCUGCCCUCCAGGUGCUAGAGCACCCUUGGGUCACUGAUGAGGCUCUAUGUGAGAAUGAUCAUCAGUUGUCAGUGGCAGGGAAGAUAAAGAAGCACUUCAACACCAGUCCGAAGGUCAACGACACCACUGCAGGAGUGUCAGUCAUUUCUGCCACCCCUCUUGAUAAGGAGGGGCAGGUUCUCAGACGAGGACGCCACCCGGAUGUGAAGCAACUGCCUCUGCAGAUGACGCCGACGGUGACAACACCUCCCAGUUGCCUCCCCGGCCUGCCCGUGGCCCCUCCCUCUCUGACCCCUGACACUUGCCCUGACCCUUCCCCGAACCCCAGCCUCCCAUCUGACUCUGAUGACAUCUCCAUCAGCUCAGCCAGCACCGUCUGCUCCCCCAACUCGCCCUUCUAG